CUUUUAUCUCUGUCUCUUUUUGUUUUUUAUUCUUUCUUUUUUCUUCGCUUACGUGCUGAAACGCAUCUCUAAGGAGAAAUAAUAAUCAUUUGAAAUGGCAAAGUCAAAGAAUCACACAAAUCACAACCAGAGCAGAAAAGCUCACAGAAAUGGAAUUAAAAAACCAACUCGUUUCAGACACGAAUCUACCCUUGGUAUGGAUUUGAAGUUUCUUCGUAAUCAAAGAUUCGCCAAGAAGCACAACUUGAAGCCACAGGCUCAAAUCAAGAGAGCAAAUGAGCGUAAAGCACUUCGUGAAUCCAAAAAACCAUAGAUAAACUUUUUUUUUACACACAUGCUCUAACAUAACAUAAAUAAUAAAGUUUAAAAAAAAAAAAAAAAAAACAAAUUACUCUGUGUCUCGUUUUGAUUUUACUAUUACUAUAAAAAUUGAUUUAUUAUUCAUUUACGAAUUAUAAAAAUUACAUGUCUAUGAUAAUAUUAAUAAUUAUUAAUUAAUAUGGUGGUUUUUAAUAAUAACAAUAAUAAUUUUCAAUAUGGCUGUUUGACACUGUUGCACAGACUAGACAGACACUGACUGAUGAAAGUGAUGAUGUCAGUAACAUGUUGUAAUCAUCAUCAAUAUGUCAUCAAAUCCAGAGUGUAUUUUGUUAUUUAGUGGAAAAAGAAAAUCUGGAAAAGAUUAUAUAACUGAUAAGCUAUUUGAUAAGUA